AAGUCAGAAGAAUCAGAAUUGUUGUUAGCUUUUAAUAUAUACUUGAAAGUUAUGGGUCGUAAUAUGUUCCACUACCUUAGUGUUUUCUUCUGUGUGAUCAGUAUUCUGGCUCCCUUAACAGUAGGGCAGCUUGAUUACAGUUUCUAUGAGAGAUCAUGCCCCAGCUUCCCUAGGAUCGUUCGCUGGGGUGUUUGGUCAGCUUAUCGUAAUGACUCCAGAAUAGCUGCAGCCCUCCUCCGUUUGCACUUUCAUGACUGUUUUGUAAAUGGUUGUGAUGGAUCAGUGCUUCUUGAUGACACGAACGAUUUCAAGGGCGAGAAGAAUGCUUUACCAAAUCGUAAUUCAGCACGAGGGUAUGAGAUAAUAGAUAGCAUAAAAGCAGAUCUUGAAAGAGCUUGCCCAUCAACUGUAUCGUGUGUGGAUAUAUUAACUCUUGUAGCUAGAGAAGUUGUUGUCAUGUCAGGAGGACCAUAUUGGCCAGUUUUACUUGGUCGACGAGAUGGACUAACUGCAAGUGAUAAAGCAGCAAAUGAACAAUUACCUUCACCCUUUGAGCCUUUGGAUAAAAUCGCUGCCAAGUUUACUGCUAAGGGUCUUGAUCUUAAGGAUGUAGUAGUUCUCUCAGGAGCACACACCAUUGGUUAUGCUCAAUGUUUCACAUUUAAGAGGAGACUUUUCAACUUCCAAAACUCGGGAAAGCCAGAUCCAAACCUUGAUUCUUCAAUGUUGUCAAAUUUGCAAAGCACUUGUCCUAACACAGAUGGAUCCAACAGCAAGAUUGCUCCUUUAGACUUUCAAUCCGUUACUAGAUUUGACAAUUCAUAUUACAGGAACCUUGUGAACAAUUCAGGUCUACUUGAAUCUGAUCAAGCUCUAAUGUCAAAUUCUCAGACUGCUGAUAUGGUCAAAUCCUACAGCUCGUACCCUUAUCGUUUCUACCAAGAUUUUGCUGCAUCUAUGAUGAAGUUAGGAAACGUGGGGAUACUCACUGAACAAAGUGGGCAAAUUAGGAAAAUAUGUGGCUCUGUAAAUUAAAAAAGUACUUGUCUGAACUAUGUUUAUUUAACUGUUUGUGGGUGAUAUGAUAUCAUGGUGUGCAUUACCAAAAUGUUUGUCUCAGUAGCAUCUCCUUUUAAUGAAGAAAACUUGGUUAAUUAGAAUA